UUCCCUCAGGAAAUAGAGGAAAUUCGAAUGGAAAUCGACAAACGGAUUGAGAGAAAUAAAAAAGAUCAAGAGCAAAAGCAACAUGAGGAGGUGAAAUUGGCUGGAAAACAAUCACUUCCAUCUUUCGAUGUUAACGUAGCAAUGGAAGCCACAGGAUCCAAAAGAGAGACAAGUGAAAAACAGGUUAAUCUUAAAGAAGUUAUUGGAUCAGGAGCAAGACCUAAAGAAAGAAAAAGGAACGAAAGAUCAAAAAAAGCCAAAGUUAAGGAGGCAUUUGUUAAUGAUGGCGCCAGUGAGAAUCCUAGGAUAAGUUGUAAGAAGUCUUCAACCAAGCAGCCACAUUCCUUUAUACAAGGUCGAGGAAUUAGCUCUGACCACGGGGAGACUUCCGUCAAGCAGGUGGACAGAGUAGUCGAGGUUAAAUCCAAUUGCUCAGAUGGGGGUAAAAUUGUAGAUGCAUCGGGUGAAACAGGUCAUGGAUGGACCGUAGUUAAUCCAAGGGGUAAGAAUAGAAGACCACUCAACCAAACCAAAUUUCAAAGCUUCAGUCAGGAUAACAGAGUGGAGGAGUGGAGGAAACUUGAAAGUCAUUCGACUUCUGGACAAGACUGGUCAUUUCCGCGACGAUCCACUCAAAUAUCACGCGAUUCCACACUUCCUUCCAAACGUAAUUCUGGCCCAUAUCUGGCAAGGAAAUCCUCCAUAGACAGUGAAAAGACAACAAAAUCUAAGUGGGAGAGUCCUAAGCAAAUUUCUCCUCUACAAAUCCAUCAAUUCAAGAACUUUGUGAGGGAUGAUACCUCUUCGGCAGACAAGAAAAAGUCUAAUCUACACCUUGAAAGAAAUCAAGAAACCGGUGGUCAACGAUUUGCCAAUGAAACUGCAGUAGGAAUUGGACUGCAGUCCACAAAGGCUUUGCCAAAUAGUGUCUUCUCUAUUUGCAACCACUUUUUGCAAGACAACAGAUGGAGAGGGAACUAUAAGCAUCCAACUCCUUGUUCCAGGUGUUCAAAGGAUUCUUCCAAACUGCUAUUUGGAGUUUGGAGAAGUUUUAAAAAAGAAUGGCAGAUAAUGAGACCCUACCCCAAGAGGUUGAACUUGAACACUCCUUUCCGACUCUGUUGGCACUUCAGCAAUGGGAGGAACUGUCCAAAGAGUCCAUGUUCGUUUGCGCAUGGCCAGGAAGAACUAGAAUUUUGGACAGUAGAGAGAGAAUUAGAAAGUGGUACCAUUAGCAAGAUGAGCAUAGAUGGCAGACCACGACAAGAGGUUGAACCUGAAAACUUUCCUAAGCCUCAGGAACUGAUUAAGGGAUCCUUGGUAUUUAGGCACACGGCAGAAUUAAAGCUAAGGCCUCCUCAAAAAAGUGCAAACCCUGGCAAAGUAGAACGGAGAUCAUCGAUGGGAUGCAAGAGUGAGGAAAUAGCGACUACCAGGAAGGAGGAGCCAAACCGCGAAAAAGGGAAGGAAAGGGAUGACAGCAUUUCAAGAGUCAAGAUGCCUCACAGUCUUCCAGGUGUCAUGAUCAAGUGUGAUAAACCCACUAUGGUGACGAUCAUCCAACGGCACGACGACGAAAGCACCUACACAUUUGACUGGGUUUUCACCCUCACUUUCGAGAUUCCUGAAGUUGGAAAGCUGCAUAAAGUUCAUCUCCUUCAUCGAUACAACGAGUGCUAUCGGCUAACUGAAAUUAAAGGCUUUAUCGGAGACAAAGUGGAAUUCUGCGAGACUCCUACAGAACGCUGGUCCCACACCCUUCACAGUAUUUUUGACGAGAUAAAGGGUCAAGUGCAAGUUGCUGUCUGUGUCUCCUUUAACACCGCAAAGUUUUAUGGGACAUUUACACAAUGUCUUCAAUUUGAUUUUGAAAGCAAACAGCACUUGUUACAAGGAUUAAAUGUGGAUAUUGCGAAAGAAGGUGCCUUAAGCGGAAUCUCAGAGAUAAGGCAGUUGCUCAAAUUGGAUUCCUCUGUGUGGACGGAAGGGUCUGUGGACAUAAUCCGGUACCCAGAAUCCACUAGAAUGGAUUAUCAGGAUAUCCUGUUACAAGAGAAAUAUGGGUUACCCAAAAGGAUUGAGAAUAUUCUUCCGUUGCAAAUAACUGAGAGAAACCUAGCCAUUGAAAACUACAGGAGAGUGAUGCAUCAAUUAUUGUUUACUGAGGAACUAUUCAUUAAAAAGGCGAUUUCAAGGUUUGCCUUUCACGAUGUGACUUUACAUUGCAAAAGUGUUGUCGGUAACCAAAGAUCAGGAUUUACAUACGCUGUUGAUGGCGAGUUGUUUGGUGUUCUGGAGCUCCAGCGAAAACGAUCCCCCCACCUAGAUGACGUAGCAAGACGACUCCUGACUAGAACUGUACAGUAUGCUUGGCUUCGGAAAGCCAGUAGCAAUUCAAAGAUUGUUCAUGAGGCAAAAAUUGAAACUGUCGAGGUUGAAUCACAACACGUGACCUUGAAGGUGUCCUCCCAGACUUGCCUAGACUUGCAACUGACUGACAAAGGUGAAGUUUUGGUCGAUGCACAGUUGCAGCUCAACCGGCAACCCUUUUGCCAAUGGCACGAGGCAAUCGACAAGCUGAGGCCUGUUCAUCUUAAAUUACUCUUUCCAGAAAAAACUACAUUGCGGGACAACCAAGAGGAAUUUCGUCUAUCUAAUUGGCAACGUUUGGACCCCAAGCUCAACGAAAGCCAAAGAGAGGUAAUAAAGCGAAUUUUAGCUCCUGAAGAUGUAUUGUCACCGCUUAUGGUCUUUGGACCUUUUGGUACCGGAAAAACAUUCACAUUAAAUCAAGCAGUCCGUGAGUUGGUGACAAGGGAAGGCAAUCGUGUUCUUCUUUGUACACAUACCAACAGCGCAGCCGAUAUACACGUAAAGCUUUUGCACAAGUACUUGACUGAGAAAAAUGGACUGAAAGCGACCAGGCCGUUAAGGAUUUAUCAAACAAAGAGAAGAUUGAAUGCUGAUUUAGAGAUAGCUAAGAGGUAUGGCCUUAUAAGAAACGGCGCAUAUGUACUUCCCACAAGAGAGGAUGUGAUUUUGCAUCGUGUUGUGAUCACCACGCUAGCUGUAUCAAGGCAUCUUCUCGAGCUUCGAUUAAACACUGGCUUCUUUACGCACAUUUUAAUUGACGAGGCUUACCAAGCCCAAGAACCCGAAGCACUAACACCACUCGCGUUAGCUGGACCAAAUACAAAGGUUGUCUUUACUGGAGAUCAUAUGCAGAUGAGUCCUGAAGUGUACUCGAGUUAUGCUCGUGAUUGGGGUCUGCAGAAGUCGCUCCCUGAGAGACUGUAUGAUCAUCUGUACAGCGCAGAGCAGCCGUCAAAUUGCAAUGUGAUGAUUCUGACGGAAAACUAUCGGUGUCACCGAAAAAUUCUGCAGUUUUCCUCACAUAACUUCUACAGAGAAGGGCUGAUUGCCAGAAGCGAAGAGCCCCCACACCCAAGGUUGAAACCACUGUCAUUCUAUUCUGUCUCCGGUAUGGAAGAAGCGAGAGAGAAUUCGUACAUCAACGCAGCAGAGGUAGACGAAAUUAGAAAGAGAGUCAAGGAGCUCGCAGGUGACUGGCCAGAGGAGUGGAAAGAAAAGGACCUCUCUCGAAUUGGCGUCGUCUCGACGUACCUAAGAAAAGAAUUUCGUGCCCUAUUCAUCAGCACUGUACGCACAUCCCUCACCUUUCCACAGUUUCGCAGACGUAAUGAUGAAAGAUUCUACGGGGAAUUUUUUUCUGAUCAGAAACUGUUAAAUACGGCGGUAACCAGGGCGUCUUUGGUAACAGUCGUUGGAGAUGCUGUCUCCUUGUGUACUGUUGGUGAGUGUACGAGUAAUUGGCGGGAUUUCAUCACAAGAUGUAACCAAGAAGGAUCUCUGUUUGGAACUUCAUAUGCAGUGCUAGAGAGAGCUAUAGCUACCCCUCUUUCUAAGAUUUUUCUAAACCCUGACGCAGCCGUUUUCGUUCCAAGAGGCGACGGAGGGCUCAAACCGCUGGUGCGCGAUCAUCCGCCAGGAGAGGGAGAUACGCAAACCAUCGGGUUGGAAGAAGAAAGUUCAGCCGAGCACGGUCUCGAGAGUCCAAUGACCGUAUCAGGGAGUAAAACAGAUCUCCUAAAGAAACAUUUGACGGUGAAAGAGGUUUCAUCUAAGGUAGAAGAGAAGCAGAAAGAAGAUGGGUCUUCGGGGCAAUAUUCGCAAGAUGAUUUAUUUCCACACCAAGAGGCCGAAGAUGAUGCAGAGCCUAGUAAUCUGAUCCCUUUUGAAGACUUUCGGCGGGAAGGUUGCGAAGACGAAACAGUGCUUCCAAGCUCCUAUGACAAAUUAAUUGAGGCACUCGUCGCAAAGAAAAAAGAAACUCAGGAGAGGGAGCUUCAACAAUCAAUAAAGAAUGAAGAAUAUCCCUCACUGAGGAAUGCAGAGUCGCUAAAACGAAAAGGAUCCAAAGUGAAGAGUGAUUCUGACAAACGGAGCAAUCGAGUUUAUUCCAAUUGUUCUGGUCUUUCAUCUAACGACUAUCAAUCCUUCAUUGAUAGCUUGGUCAACUUCGAGUAUCAUCGACAGCAUUCUGAUCGACAUAGUAGACCAACUGGACCCGUCAAGCAAGACGAAUACCUUGACCGAGAGGUAUUACUGAGACAGAUGCGUGAACAACCUGAGGCUUAUCGUGCUGCUACACUUCAACUCGAUUCCGAGGCUUUCAACAUGACUUACGCUAUUGUUCCGGACACAAAAACACCAGACAUACGAAUCAGAGGACGAACAAGAAGGGUUUUCGACAUGGAUGAUGUUGUCGUAAAUAUAGCAGAAAAUCAGUCAAUUUGCAUGGAUGAAAUUCCUCGCUGUCAAGGAAAAAUUGUCGGUGUGCUUCAUCACAUCAUCAACCCUCAUGAACGACAGUUUGUAUGUAAGGUCAACUACGAAUAUCCGGAUUUGAUGCUUCCAAUCAAUAAGUCCAUGUCAAAAAUUAAAAUCUUAUCUGCGGAAGGUGUUAAGGGUGUGCCCCUCUACAAGGAAAUACGAGAUGGCAGCGAGAAGAAAGUAAAGGUUUACGAGAUCGACCACGAAGAAUUCGUUAGUGAGAAAUACCUAUUCCUCGUGCAGUUUCUACAGUGGAGGUCAGAUUGUACUUACCCUUUAGGCAUCAUUAUUCGAAAAUUGCCAAAACAAUAUACUAGGAAGGCUAGUAUGGAGAUUCUUCUGGCAGAGUAUGGAAUUAGAAAGUCAUUCCGCGAUGAUUGUGAAAGACAAGUGCGAACGAAGUUCCCCUCCUCGUGGUCAAUACCACCUCAAGAAAGAAAGAGCCGCGAAGUAAUCAAAGGAGCGUUUACAAUCGAUCCUGAAAACUCUAAGGAUCUCGAUGAUGCUCUUUCCUUGCAACGUCUGUCGCGCUCUGUGUACCGAGUAGGAAUUCACAUUGCGGACGUGAGUUACUUUGUAGAGGCCGGUAGCCACUUGGAUAAAGAAGCAUUAUUUCGCUGCAUAUCCUACUACCCUGGGCAGGAGUAUCCAAAUGUUCCAAUGUUACCACCUGAGCUCAGUGAAAAACAUUGCAGCCUUCUUCCUGGGAAAGAUCGUUUAUGUCUAUCAGUGUUGCUUGACAUGUCAGAAGAUGGAAAAUGCUUGGGAGAGCCACAGAUAAAGCGCACAAUUGUAACCUCCUCCCAUCAGCUCACGUACUCUGACGCCCAAAAAGUAAUUGAUGCUAAACAAAGCUCUCAGAAGCAGUUCCCUGAAAGUGUUGAAAGUGAUAUCCAGGCCCUGAGCGUCCUUGCNUCAGAUUGUACUUACCCUUUAGGCAUCAUUAUUCGAAAAUUGCCAAAACAAUAUACUAGGAAGGCUAGUAUGGAGAUUCUUCUGGCAGAGUAUGGAAUUAGAAAGUCAUUCCGCGAUGAUUGUGAAAGACAAGUGCGAACGAAGUUCCCCUCCUCGUGGUCAAUACCACCUCAAGAAAGAAAGAGCCGCGAAGUAAUCAAAGGAGCGUUUACAAUCGAUCCUGAAAACUCUAAGGAUCUCGAUGAUGCUCUUUCCUUGCAACGUCUGUCGCGCUCUGUGUACCGAGUAGGAAUUCACAUUGCGGACGUGAGUUACUUUGUAGAGGCCGGUAGCCAUUUGGAUAAAGAAGCAUUAUUUCGCUGCAUAUCCUACUACCCUGGGCAGGAGUAUCCAAAUGUUCCAAUGUUACCACCUGAGCUCAGUGAAAAACAUUGCAGCCUUCUUCCUGGGAAAGAUCGUUUAUGUCUAUCAGUGUUGCUUGACAUGUCAGAAGAUGGAAAAUGCUUGGGAGAGCCACAGAUAAAGCGCACAAUUGUAACCUCCUCCCAUCAGCUCACGUACUCUGACGCCCAAAAAGUAAUUGAUGCUAAACAAAGCUCUCAGAAGCAGUUCCCUGAAAGUGUUGAAAGUGAUAUCCAGGCCCUGAGCGUCCUUGCACAGAAGAGAAGAAGGUUAAGACUCGGAGAGGCUAGCUUUGAUCAUUGGUUACACAGUGAUGAGCCAGAAUGUUAUGGAGCACACGAGUUAGUGGAGGAAAUGAUGAUUUUGGCAAACGAGAAAGUAGGUCAACUUCUUCUCGCUAAUAUUCCGGAGGUGGCACCUUUGCGUACCCAACUGCCACCCAAAGAUUACAAAUUGAAAGAUUGGUUGAGUCGAUACGGGCGUUUUAUCAAGUGUUCUCUGUUUCUCCGUGGCAAACAACACCUCGAGAAGAUGACCGACAACGACCAAAUGAAAGAGGUCAGGGAAUUCAAAGUGCCAGAUUCCGUUUGGUCAGAAAUCUGCAGCGCCGUCGAAUCUGAUGACAAAGCGAAGCUGCAGCAGCUAAUUUUUGAACAGAGAAAUUAUCCUCAGCUGGCUGUUGCAAAUUGUCAGUUUCAACGUAUUCAGCAGAAAUCCUGUUACGUUUGCGAAAGAGGGGAUCCACAAGAAAACAGUUUCCAUUUCUCUCUGGAAGAGCACGGCUAUACCCAUUUCACCUCGCCCAUUCGACGAUACAUUGACAUCCAAGUACACAGACUCGUCUUGGAUUUAAUCUCCAAUCACCACGGUGCAGAAAGAUAUCGGAAGGAUUACGUGGCUAAGGUGUGUCGCCGUUCCACGUUUGCUCAGCGCAACAGUAAGAAGUUUGACAGAGCAAGUAGUAAAGUCAAUUUGGCUGCGAAGCUUAAAGAAGCAAGCCGCGAAACAAAAGCAGUCAUCGCAAUGAUUGAAGAGAAGAGAAUUAGGUUGGAAAUAACAAGCCGCGAAUACUAUCAUUUGUCAAAAAGAGAGAGAGAAAUUAAAUUCAGCGAUGUCAACCUAUAUGAUUUCAUACUACAUGAUUCGGAAAUAGUCUUUAUCUGGAAAUUAAGGCUUUACAUUGCUCCGAAAGUGAGUGAGUCACUGCAGGACUACAUCGAACACCCAGAAAUCGAAAGAAAUAAAGUUGCUUCCCUGCUAACUGAGGGAUUGGUUGGUACCAAAGAAUUCGUAAGCGUAGAGGUGAAAAAGUGGAUAAAGCUCUUGAAAGCACAGAUGGGUGGAAAUCUUGAAGAACAACUUUGCAACCCGGUGGCAGCUGAAUGGCCAUCCUUGGAAAACAAUUUAUCUGAAGAAACCUCUGAAGCGCCAUUGGUGGGACACUGGGUGGGACACUGCGUCAUUAGACGUGCCGAAUUUUCCAAGGAGAACACUAUGUUGUUUGUUGAAAUGGACUUUCAUCAGUCAGCAUCGAAGUUUCCUGAUGAACUAUUGAAUGGUGGUCAACUGAGUACAGUAACCAUUAUUCACAGAUCACUUCCAAACAGACGAAUGUUUUCAGCUCUGAAAGAGCUGAGAGGAGCAUCCAAACUGGCUCACGCCAUUUGUUUGGGAAAAGAGCGCGGUCAAGGGCGGUUUGAGCCACUACCUUUACUUGAUAUGUCAAUUGUGCGAGACCAUCCCAAGUGCAGAUUCAAGCCUCUGAAUCUAUAUCAGCAAACAGCUGUAAAAAGAGCUCUUGAGAAGCCGUUUACCCUCAUUCAGGGUCCUCCAGGUACGGGUAAGACAGUGACAGGUGUCCACAUCGCCUUCGGUUUUGCGAAACGAAACAAACAAAACCUUCCGGGAAGUCUAGACGAAGUGAAGGCACCAUCGCAAGUUAUUUACUGCGGUCCUUCCAACAAAGCAGUAGACGUUGUGGCCGAAUACAUGAUAAAAGUUCCUGGCCUCAAGAUCAUCCGCAUCUACAGUGAUCGGAAAGAACAGGCAGAGUUUCCAAUCCCUAACAAACGCCAGCCACUGAAACAAUCCAGCGCCGAUGGGACCGGAAUACCUGAGAGGCUGAAAAACGUUUCGCUUCAUCACAUAAUUCGAAAACAUCCAUGUCCAUACGCCGAUGACCUUGAGAGUUAUGAAAAGAUGUUUGAGGACGAUAGGAAGGAAGAUCAGAAAACUAGCGACAGAGAUGUAGAUGCAUAUUGCGAGGUGAGUAUUUAUAAGAUACAAAGCUUCUGGCAUAAAGAGAUUUGCAGGUUUCCCUCGGACUAUUUUUACGAAGAAAAGCUGAAAACAGACAAAUCCGUGCCAACCAAUGACCCAAUUUUACGGCCGUCUUUUUGGCCUGAUCCAAAUGUUCCCCUGGCAUUUUGCCAUGUGGAGGGCGAAGAGGAAAGUACCGCUAUUAAGACAACACAUAGCAGUGAGCAGUCCAAGUCGAAUCAGAAAGAAGUCCGAAAAGUGGUCCACGUUGCUAGAUGCUUGGUUUUCAAAAAUGGCGUGUCCCCGUCAGAUGUCGUUAUCUUAUCGCCUUACAGGGAACAACGCGAGAGAAUAAGCAAAGCUCUGGAAGGAAAUAUAAUAUCCAAAGAUAUCCCUGUCACAACCAUCACAAAAAGCCAGGGAAGUGAGUGGGAUUAUGUAAUCCUAUCUUUGGUUCGCUCGCUAAAUAAAGAUGAACUCGAACCAAAUCCAUCUCCGCAUUGGCUUCGUGAACAUUUGGGAUUUUUGACGGACGAGCAUCAAAUUAACGUAGGACUCACGAGAGCGCGAAAAGGGCUCUGUAUCAUUGGUAACAGGAACCUACUGGUGCUCCAUCCCCUGUGGCAGAAAUUGGUAGAAUCCUACGAGCGCAGAAAAUGCAUGGUUGAUGAGUCUACCAGGCCUCGAAGCUGAAGCAAUUUCAAUUCAAUUACUCACUGUUGAUAAUGUCAAACAUAGUCUGGAUAACUCUUGAAGAUUAUUCAAGCUAAGCUUUCUUGUUUUUUUUGGUUAAACCAUUUUUUCAGGAAAAAAUUAGAGAACGUUAAAUCACUCUUUUAGAUAUAAUUUAGUAAGUACAUCACUCAGAUCUAAACUGCAUCAAAAUAUGUAAUAUCACUCUAAAACGCGUCAAAUGAACAGGAUAGUCUUCUUGCCUCUGUUAAGGGGGAUUCUGAUCCAUCCGAAACCGAAUGCGCUACUCCUUGUUGAAAAAGGAUUCGGGCUACUGAGAGUGGAACGUAUUAAUAUUUAAUUUCAUCAAAUCAAAUUUGCCUGUGUAACUCGAAUUGGUCAAAUAUAGAACACAACAUAGAUUAUAAUGUAUUGAAAAUCCAAAAAAGGAUAGAAAGUCUUGAUACUUGUACAAAGGGGGAGAAGUUUCUAAAAUAUUUUUUUCCACGGAUUAUUGAUGAUGUGGGUACGUGGUGCAGUGCAAUAUUUCAUCCAGAGGGAUCAGUCAAACGGUUUGCUUUAUAAAUAAAUUGAAAAUACACGAAGCUUUUGAAAAAGGCUUUAAAUGCUUUUGAAAUUCAAAGUUAGUCAGUAAAAAAAAUAUAACUUAUUUUGCAAAAGGUUUCAAUUUGAAUGAGAAUGUUGGUUCAGAGGUUAGUUUUGUUUAGUAGUUAAUUUUGCUCAUAUAUUUUUCCAAAAAUGCUUUUCAAAAUACACCUCAAAUAAAACAUCGAAAUAAUACCU